AUGCCGGCAACGAAAGAGGGCCGAGUCACUAAGGUUAAGAAGGCACGCCGGUCCCUAGAAACCCCCACCGGACGCGUCUCGGCUGCCGUCAAAAGCUUACCGCUGGUUGAGCGUACCAACGCCCUCACCAUCGAAGAAUUUACAUCACGCUACGUGUCUCCGCUCACCACGGCGACCAAGCGAGAUGCCGAAGCUCCGGCCUCAGAGAAGAAGACAUCUCCCGCAGCUGAAACACGGCUAGAAGUAUACUCUGCUGCCACAAUCUCCCGCGCAGAUCUGGACGCAUGUCUCGAUCUAGUCGAAUUCACCUCCGGCCCAGACUAUGCCGCGUCAGGCGCAGGCUGGUCCCGUCCCAAGAAGCGCAGGGAAAUGAAACUGCCAGACAUGAAGUAUCUAAUUCUGCGGGGCGACGCGGGACACACGUCGGAUGCGUCGCAGCGCGAUGAUCCCGCCGAAUCCGACAAGCCGAGCUCGCUAUCGGCAUCUGGGGAUCACCCGACUGUGCUCGGAUUCUUGUCGUUCAUGGUCACCUACGAGGAUGGGAAGGAGGUGGUCUAUUGCUACGAGAUCCAUUUGUCACCGAGGGCUCGGGCUCGGGGCCUUGGUGUGUUGCUGAUGACACGGAUGGAGGAGAUUGGUCGGCUGGUCGGGUUGGAGAAGGCGAUGUUGACGGUUUUCAAGUGCAAUACGGCGGCAAGGAGAUUUUAUGAAAAGGGUGGUUAUGAAGUGGAUGAGUAUUCGCCGCAACCACGGAGGUUGCGGAAUGGAACGAUCAAGGAGUUUGACUACUUGAUUCUGUCUAAGCGUUUGAAGGAUUGAGGUUCUGAUUAUUUUCUUUUUGUUGUUUCUAGACAAAGCGGAACUCAUGC